UUCUCUGUCAAGGAACAAAGCAAAUUGUAGUUUGUCUCUGUCUUUUUUCUUUUGCUGCAGUUGCAUACAAACUUUGCUGAGGAGAUGUUUUCAUGUCUCGUAUCACUGCUUCUGGUGCUAAUUUGCUGUGCACAGCGAUGGUUUAGACUCAUAUGGGUUUUACUGGAUGGGCACUGCCUGAUCAGUUGUUUGGUGAAUUCUUUGCAUAACUGUGUGCAGGACAGAAAUCCCACUGUACAGAGGAAUGUUCCUAUUAUGGAAAAAAAAAACAGAUUUAAACUAAACUUAGAAGCACGUGAGGCAAAAGAACAAAGCUGAUGUUUUUCAUGUCUCAGUUUUUUAUUCCCUAUUUCCAUCCAGUCAAAUAUCCCUAUUAGUCAUGUGUGUGUGUGUGUGUGUGUGUGUGUGGUCAGUGAUCUCUCUGAAGAGGUGGCCUUCUGUGACUCAUUUGGGCUAAGCAGAGCGCCUUUCCAAAACAGUUAAGCAUGGUCCCAAAAAUAUAAAAGCUUAAUGUGACCUAAUUGUAGCUUAAAAGUCUGGAGGUGAAGUAUGAAGGAGGGUGUGUGUUUGUCUGUUUCACAAGCAGAGUCUGAAAAAGUCAGAUGGAAAAUGUCUUUCACGUGGCUCUGCAGGAAAAGUGCAAAAUAUAAAAGCAAAUAGCUGUGGAACAAAAUGAGCCUCGCCUUCAUGAUCAGUCUGGGUUUUUUCCAGUGGGUGGUGAUAUUAAAUUGUGAAGCAACUGUGAAUACAUUCCUUGCAACAUGUCAGUCAUAAUGUGGUGAGAAGUCAGUCUCAUGUUCUCAUGAACUUGUGAGGCGUGUGGGGGAGCUGGAACAAGGAGGGAGUGAAACAUCAAGAACCCAAGAUCUGAUCUUGUUGUUUCAGGGGACAAUAAGAGGAAAGGGUAGCUGUCAGACAGGAAUACAGACACACAGACUCAAGAAAAUCUUCCUUUUCGGGAAGUGUUUGAUCAUAUUUAUCAGAGGACAGCAGAGACAGUAGGACUGUAAGGACUGUAUUAGUUUUCACCAUUAAGCAGAGCACCUGCAGCGCAUUUGUCUGUUUGGGUCUGUUUUUAAUGGGACACAUUAUGUUGGAUGUAUGGGAUGAUGCAGACUGCCCAACUCUCUGAGAGACACUCAUGAGUCAUAAAAAGUAACUUCUUUCAUAAAACAACAGUUUUGCUUAGUAGAUACACACUGAGCAGAUGAUGUACUUCUGUAAGAGCAGCAGUAUCACAAUGUAAAAAUACUUUUAGAUGUAAAAAAUUUUGACUUAUCGAUCCAAAUAUACAUAAAGUGAAGAGAGAUGUGAUUGUUCUAUUGCUGUUUUACCUUUUUGUUUGUUUGUUUAUAUUUAUUUUAUUUUAUAUUGCUGUGCCAGCCAUAAGGUUUAAGGGUUUGUUUUCAAAUGUGUUAAAUGUUUAAUAUGGGUCUUUGUUUUUAGCUGCGCAGCUAAAAGGGUCAGGGGGAUCUCCAGAGUCAUUAGAGUUCAUCAUGAGGGAACCAUGAUUGUUAAUACCAAAUGUAAGGGAAAUCCAUCCAAUAGUUCUCAAGAGACAUCAGUCAAAACCACGUUCUAGUGGUGCCAGAAGAAAAGUCACAGGAUCACCAAAGUCACUGCGAUGCGACUUCUGGAAACCCUGAAUGUCCAUAUCAAAUUUCAUAAUAAUUCGAAAUCCAUCCAGUACAGGAAAGAUUUAAGUCUGGACCAAGUUGGUGAAUUGAUGGACUGACAGAACAACGCGGCGGUAUGUUUUUUGGAUUUUCAUUUUCCUAACAAUUCUAAUCUUAUAGCGACCGCAUUACAAUCAUGUACAUAAAUCAAUUUUUAAAAAAUCGGCUGGCCUUGAUUUCUAUCUGAUCAGGCUGAGGCGGGCGCAGCACAGACUGCUGAGAGUGUAAGAUUUUUAUGAGUCAGCACACAGACUGCGGCAGCUGCCUUCCAUGAGACUGUCAGUCUACUUGCAGCUAAUGACUGACUAACGAUUAAUGUCGGCGUGAGUGGAUUAAGAUUAAAAUGCUGACUGUGAAAAUACCUUACUGGUUAGCGCGUGGAGUCCAGCACAUCCUUGCAGAUUGUGUCUUUCAGUAUUUUGCUCAGGGAUACUUCAGGGGCUCAGUGACUUACCAACAGGGGCCUGAACCCAGAUCCACAGUAAGUCCCCUCACAUCCCACUGCGCAACCUUUUCUGCUCCAAUGAAACUCUUUCAUGUCAAACAAGAGAGAACUAAAUAUAACUUUGAGGAUGAUGCUGAAAGUGUGCUCAGCAAGCCUCCUGUGGACAGUUGAAGCUUAGUGUUGUGCUGUAAUCAUUUGCAUUUAGCUAGUUAAUGUGUACAUACAGCAUUUACAAAAUGUAUUUUGUUUGGAAACAGGGAAAGCACCUGGAAGAAAUCAUCAGUUUCAUCUGCAGCACAUUUCCAGUGGCAUGGUUCAAGAAUGGCUCCUGAAGGCUCCCGUAUCCAAGAUGAUCCCCAUGUCAAGGUGAUGCUGGCAGGGUCGACGCUGAGAAAAGUCAAGUCCCGUUCAUGGAAGAAGCAGAGGCAUUUCCGCCUCCUUGAGGACGGCCUGACCAUCUGGUACAAGUCCAGAUGGGCAGGUAGAGGCCACUCCACAUUCUCAAUCAGCGAGGUGGAGGCCGUGAGAGAGGGCCACCAGUCAGAGGUCCUGCUGAGCAUUGCUGAGGAGUUCCCCGCUGACCUCUGCUUCACCUUGGUGUUUCACGGUCGCCAAGGCAACCUGGACCUGGUGGCAGAGUCGCCAGAGGAGGCCCAGGCCUGGAUCCAGGGAGUGCGCAAGUUGAUUCACAAGACUCAAACGAUGGACGAGAAAGAGAGGCUGGACCAGUGGGUCUGGGACUGGUUUCAGAAAGCUGACAAAAACAAAGAUGGAAAGAUGAACUUCAAAGAGGUGCGGAAACUUCUGAAGAUGAUGAACGUAGACAUGAAUGAGGAACACGCUCUGCACCUCUUCACGAUGGCUGACAAGUCGGAGAGUGGAUCUUUGGAAAUUGAGCAGUUUGUCCUCUUCUAUAAGAUGCUAACUCAGAGGGAUGAAGUGUGGAAGGUGUUCCAGGACUACUCCGGAGAUGGAGAGAAGUUAAUGCUGGAGGAGCUGGAGAACUUCCUGAGGGUGGAGCAGCAUGAGGGAGAGCAGAGUGCCCAGCGUGCCGCAGAGCUGAUUGACCGCUAUGAACCCUCUGAAUCAGCCAAGAAGCAAGGCGCCAUGUCGUUCGAUGGCUUCCAGAUGUACCUCUGCUCAAAGGAGGGCUCCAUAUUUAAACCUGAACAUCUGGAGCUUCACCAGGACAUGAGCCAACCUCUUAGCCACUACUUCAUCUCCUCCUCACACAACACCUACCUGUUGGAGGAUCAGCUGCGGGGACUCAGCAGCCUGGAGGCAUACAUCCAGGCCCUGAAGAGAGGCUGCCGAUGUGUAGAGGUGGACUGCUGGGACGGCAGUGAUGGUGAACCCAUUGUGUAUCAUGGUCACACUCUUACUUCCAAGAUUCUGUUUAGAGACGUAAUUUCAACGCUGAAAGAAUACGCCUUCAAGGCAUCGGACUUCCCAGUCAUCCUGUCCCUGGAGAAUCACUGUGGUGUGGAGCAGCAGACGGUCAUGGCCCAACACCUCAGUCAGAUCCUGGGUAACACGUUACUGACCACCCUGCUGGAUGGGCAGAUCCCUCAACAGCUUCCCUCCCCACAGGAACUAAAAGGAAAAAUUUUGCUGAAAGCCAAGAAGAUUGGCGGCCUGGAAGACUGUCUCGAUGAAGCUCUCACAUAUGAAGUCAGCGAUGAGGAGGAGACGGCCGACGGUGAUGCUGAAAGUAUGUCUACAGAGGACCCGCCUGCUGAGUGCCAGAACCACAGUGCCAAGAAGUCCAAGUCCAAACUGUCCAAAGAGCUGUCAGACUUGGUGGUUUACUGCAAGAGUGUGCACUUCCAUGGCUUUGAGCAUGCUCGUUUACACGCCAAAUGCUAUGAGAUGUCCUCAUUCUCUGAAUCCAAAGCUAAAAGGCUCGCUAAGGAAACAGGGACAAAUUUUGUGCAGUACAACACAAGGCAGCUGAGCAGGAUCUACCCCAGUGGCCUCAGGACAGACUCCUCCAACUACAACCCUCAGGAGAUAUGGAACAUGGGCUGCCAGAUAGUGGCUUUAAACUUCCAGACAGCUGGUCUAGAAAUGGAUCUUAACGAUGGGCUGUUCAGGCAGAAUGGCUGCUGCGGCUACGUCCUCAAGCCGGAUUUCAUGAGAGAUGGGAGCACUCAGUUCAGUCCAGAGAAACCAGAGGAGCGGCAGGGCUACAAACCACUUCGCUUGUCCAUACAGGUGAUCAGUGGGCAGCAGCUACCAAAGGUGAAUCAGAAAGAGGGCUCUAUUGUAGACCCCCUGGUCAGAGUGGAGAUCUACGGAGCGCCACAGGACCAGACCAAGGAAGAGACAAGUCACAUUAACAACAACGGUUUUAACCCAGUGUGGAAUGAAACUUUAAAUUUUGUCAUCCACGCCCCUGAGUUGGCGCUGGUUCGCUUUGUGGUCGAGGACUACGACAAGGCGUCCAGGAACGACUUCAUUGGACAGUUCACUCUUCCCUUCAUGAGCAUCCAAGCAGGAUAUCGUCACAUACAUCUGCUCUCUAAAGAUGGAACAGCCAUCCCUCCGUCCUCCCUCUUUGUCAGCGUCAGCAUCUCAGAACUCACAUGAAGAAGUCCAGGCUGAGGAUAUGAAGCGAAAGCUGGUCACACAAGUCUCAAAGGAUGAGAAGCACCUGAUCCAUCCCCUUCACCAAAUUCACCAGGAAAUCAGACAACUACGCAGAAACAGGGACAGUUCAUGUAGUUCUAAGAAAGCAAACUGUCUGUUUGUAUUUAUUUAUAUUAAAUAUUCGUGAUUUUUAAUUCAACUUUUUGUGGAAACAUUACGUACAGGCUUUUCAGUGUUUAUUGUCUAUAAAUGAAGGAACAUGAAGAAUUGCUGCAUGUCUAAAUAUACCCGUUUACCUUUAAAUGUACUGUAUAUCUUGAAGUAACAGAUAACUCAGCAUGUGUAGGACGUAAUACAGGAACAGACAUGAACAUGCUGUGUAUGAUGUAAAUGUGUGUGUAUAGGCCUGUGAAUAUUCUCAUUCAUCCAGGUCAUGGUUAUCUCAAGGAAAUUCAAUCGAAUGCAACUGCACUUAGUUAUUUGUCUUUGAAGACGUUUCACCUCUCAUCCAAGAAGCUUCAUCAGUUCAUGCUCGCUUGACUAGGCUGGGACUAGUCCUAAGUCCAGUUGCAUUCGAUUGAAUUUCCUUGAGAUAUGUGUGUGUGUAUACACUAUAGGCCUGUAAAUACAUGCAGUACAUUUUCUGAAGGGUUUCAACACCACACAGUAAAAUUCAGCCAUAAAUAAACAUUUUGGACUCUU